AUGGCCACAGUCACGGGGAUUACAGUUUCUACUCAUGAUCUUACAAAAGAUGAGCACCAUCAUCAUACUCACGGCAACCACACUCACCAUGACGAAGAAAAUCAUUCAGAAGAUCAACACAAUCAUACUCACGAAGACCACAUUCACCAUCACACCGACGGAGGUGUUACUGAGCCGCUUCUUGCCGAAUCAAAAGACAAGUCCAAGAAGAAGCGAAACAUAAACGUGCAAGGUGCUUAUCUCCAUGUACUCGGUGACUCCAUCCAAAGUAUCGGAGUAAUGAUUGGAGGAGCAGUGAUAUGGUACAAACCAGAAUGGAAAAUAGUUGAUUUAAUUUGCACUCUCAUCUUUUCAGUAAUUGUUUUAGGGACAACAAUCAACAUGUUGCGAAACAUUUUGGAAGUUCUAAUGGAAAGCACGCCUCGAGAGAUCGAUGCUACUCAGCUUGAAAGGGGGAUAUUAGAUAUUGAAGAAGUAGUGGCUGUUCAUGAGCUGCACAUUUGGGCCAUUACAGUUGGGAAGAUUUUAUUAGCAUGUCAUGUUAAGAUCAACCGGGAUGCCGACGCUGACGUGGUGUUGGACAAGGUUGUAGACUACAUCAAAAGGGUUUAUAACAUCAGUCAUGUGACUAUACAGAUAGAGCGCUAG